AUGACCUGGGGUAAAGAGCUUUGGGUAAGUUGUCGUAUCGCCGACUGCUCGCUUGUUUCUCCCACAGCUUGUUUCUGGCGUUUUAUCCGACUUCAUCGGCUGCGCGAUAUCCAUAAUUUGUCAGUAAAGUGUUGUAAUAUCGCCAUUGCUUACUUUUCGCUUCUAGGACCAAUUUGAUCUCAUAGCUAACCACACAAACGCUGGAAUCGAUUUUGUGGAAAAGAUUUCAAAAUUCGUGAAGGAAAGAUGCGAAAUCGAGACACGAUAUGCGAAGGAUUUACGGUGAGUACAGGGCUGGCGGAAUUUCAGUUUACAUCUCCUUAAAAUCGAAAUAAGUCAUACGCCAUUAAGAACAGCUGCCGUUUUCCCUCCUCGCCGAUUUUUUGACUUUUAAGACUUAAUGAAGUGGUGAGAAUCUUUCUUCAUCUUUUACGUUCAUAUUUGAUUUUGCCAUUGUUUUACAUGAGCAUGUUUUCUCACACACAGCUGAUUGGUCUGGGUCAUUACUUUACUAUCAAUAAAUAUUAUUGAAGUUUUCACGCAUGCUUUUUUUCGCUUAGUUUACUUAAGUACUCUUUAGAAAUAUUAUCUUUGUUUUUUCGAUAUUUAAUGGAGUGUUUGCGAUUUCUGUAUCUAACAAGGGAAGCCAUGUGCGAUGGAUCGAGCUUUUGGAAACAAACAAUUAGCCCAAUUUUAUUGUUGAUUGGUAAUAUUUUCAGCUAUCAUAUUUCAUCUAACACAAAAAUUUUGCUGUGUUGUGAUUCAGAAACUACUGAUUUUCAUGCUCAUUUAAGGAGAAAAGCUAAAACUUAUUUUCCAAAAACCAACCAAUAUGACAAGCAAAGACGAAGUAAACAUUUGGGAAUUUUUUUAGCAGUGUAAAGGAAUUGCUAUAGCAUGUCAAGAAUAUGAUGUCUAAAUAUAUAUUGUAUGCAUAGUAAAAUGGUUCCGAAUUUACAAGCAGCUACUCCCAAACAUUUCUUUGACCUUGAGCAAGUGAUUAAAUACAUGUUUCCUCAUGUUACACCUCUUAAUCUGAUAAGGCUAAACACAAUUUGUACUUCUCACAGUUUAUUUCCUCCUUGCAUGACCCAGGUGUUUAAAUGGCUGAUAAAUUAUAUUGUUUCAAAUUUUAAAUUAUCGCCUGCAAAUUUUAUGCACCAUUAAUUAAAGCCUGUUCUUUUUUUCAUGUCGAUAUUAUUUUGAGGGUUAACUAGUAAGUUAUGCCCACUCUGGCACAAGGGGCAAUGAUGAUGAUGAUGAUGAUGAUGAUGAUUAGAAUGCGUUAGACCUUGUUUCCUCCCUCAUUUUUGUUCCUUACCAACCCUCAAUACCAUUUAUAGGAAAAACAGAAAAAUAGCCAUUCAUUUAAAAUUAUCCACAAUUCUGGAAAUUUUGUUUUUUAAUUACGUAGUUUUUGUAUGUGCUUUUUGGUGACAGUGGGAAAUUUCCAAAAUUGAAGUGGUGACAGUCAUUCUUCAAGAAGCAAUGGUCUUAGAGAUUAAGGCGACAAUAAUAUUUAUUGUAUUACCCUUCUGAUCAAUUUUGACAAUGUUAGUCGUGCAAAGACGGAAAAGAAAUCUGCCCAAAAGUGCUUUGCUUAUUAAACCUGUUGCUUUUAUUAUUAUUUUGUUUCCAUCAUUAUUGCUGUGGUUACUUGAGCUUGCUAGUAGCUUUACGGGGUGUAUGUGAGGAUUUCAUUGAAAACCCGGAUUUGAUGAAAAACGGGUGACAAAAUCAACAUCCACAGGUACCCAUUAAGGGGAAACAAAAUGACAUAGGGUAGAAGUAAUCAGGGCAAAAUAAAAUUAAAUCAUUAAUAAUAAUAAUAAUAAUAAUAAUAAUAAUAAUAAUGAUUUCAAUAUUGCUAGUGGGGCUGAGCAAAUACCUAAGACAAAUAAUCGAAAUCAAACUUAACAGAAUCCAAACUGGCCAGAGGCAAAACGGUUGGCUAUUAUUUUACAAGCGUUGCCGAGGAUUUGACCUCGGGACUACCAUGAACAAAUCCAGCUAGCGGUCAGAGCAGGACUUGAACUCGGGGCCUCUGAUUUGCAAGUCCAGCGCUUUAACCACUCGGCCAUGCUGCCUCUACAGUGUGCCUGAAGGAUAUCUAGUGAGCAGUGGUUUCUCUUGCAAAUACUACUUGUAUGCUACACAUAAGUCUUCUAGCCAGCUAGCAUUCAGCAAAGAAACUACUCCUUGCGAGUUGCUAAAGGUCAUUUGUUCCCUCCAGUUGUUAUUGUUCAGUGCUCUAAAGAGGUGGUCAAAAAUUUAUUUCUUUUAGGGGGAGCAACUCAGCUUACCCACAGGUCCAUUUAAGUUGAUAAUGCAGUUAAAUGUCAAAGCUGCUUGCUCCCAAAUUAGUUUGACACCCGAGAACUUGACCAGUGCACUCUUAUGACAUGAAUUUGUCACAAUGAAAAAAACUGAAAAUGAUUCAGUUUCCAACUGUUUUAAAACAUUUUAAGAAAAGCUAGAAACCAAAAUAAAUAAGUGAAUGAAACUGAAAUAUUAUAACUUCAUUGGAGCAAUGUUGUUUGGAAAAUUUAGAGAAGAAAGAGACAAAAUUGAAGUAGGUGGCAAUAAAAGAGGGCAGGUGUUCACAUGUGGGAUUAUUAUUAUUAUUAUUAUUAUUAUCUAUUAAGCUCUGAGCUCUGGCUGUUCUCAUACCAACAUUCAUCCUAUUAAAGCCAGUCAUAUCAAAUUACCAGGUUCCCCCAGGAAAACUCUCCUAGUACUUAAAAAUCAACGACCCUCUUUAGAGUCCUGGCUGUUCCUAAUAGCGUAGGUUUCUGUCGCAGACCAUUUCUAAUCCCAAUUCCCAGUAUUUCAAUCUGUUGUCCAAAAUUUUUAGUAAUAUUUCUAAGAGCCCCCUACAACAAGUGGUACAGCUGUACUACACUUGUACAUCCACGUUUUUUACACCCCACAUUCUUCUAUUUCUCUCUUCAAAUAAUUAUCCUACUACCUCCAGGAACAACGCAGUGACAUUUGUUCUCCUUCUUACUCACUACUAUAAAUGUCAGGCCUUCUUGCCUCAAUAACAUUAUCACAUUGGAUGUUCUUAUCCCAAAGAAGCUUUACUUCAUCAUUCUCCACAACUUGGUACACGUUCAUACCAUUUAACCUUCCAUUCCAGCUGUUAUAUCUCAGAUAACUUAAUCCAAUGUACAAUCUUUGCCAAAUAUCAUGCUGUCUUUUAUGUCCCUUUGAGCCAACUUUUACACUCACUCACAAAAUUACUCACAGUCUCUCCCCCCUUUUCCCACACAUUCUACACAAUGGUGACUCAGCAGUCCGAUCAUUGUGAUGUUUUGAUAUUAUUAUUAUUAUUAUUAUUAUUAUUAUUAUUAUUAUUGUUAUUAUUAUUAUCACAAAAUAUUAAAAAGAGCAAAUUCUUAUGAUUACACACUCCAGUCAUGAUCUUGCUGGUUUAUAAUCUUUCUUUAGGCUCUAAAUUAAAAGAUGUUCGUUUCUGCUAACCUAAAGGUAUAUGCAACUCAUUGAUAGGAUUUUUCUUUUUUGUCAGGAAAUUAGUUAAGUCAUUUCUUCCAAAGAAAAAAGAAGAGGAAGAACAAAUGUAAGUUUGUCAAGUAAUAGGCCAUUUUACUGUUGUGGAUGGAGGCUAGCCUGAUGGUGACCUUGUUUUGAUACAAACCUUCCUGCUUUCUUAUGUAGAUCAAGUUAUUCUCAUGCUAGCUAGUAUUUUUCAAGGAAUUUCCUUAACAAAGCAAAGGAGGUUUGUUUCAAAACAAGGUCACCGUCAGCCUCACAUUCACCCGAAGGCUAGGGUACUAAGUCCACAACCCGUAAAAUAGUCUAUUGGGCACCAACUGAAUAACAAAAUGUUAUCGUGUUGGUUGUUUUGAUAUUUUGAAAAUAGACUUCUUUCUUAGAAAUUAGGAAUCAAAGAGUUUUUUCUCAGAUGAUGUAUGCAGCUACAUGUAUGUGAGCAGUUCAGAACUGGACAAAUAAUUUUCACAUCAAGCUGUCCAAUACAUGCACAGCAACACCUUUUUGUUUAGAGUGUAGAUGUUUUAGCCACUGUAGUAUUUGUUGUCAGUUGAUUUGUCAGUCUGUUUAAUUUAUAUGUUGAUUUUUUAGCAUGAAAAGAUUUUAGCCUAGAAAAAACCUUUGGUGGGCUAUGCUAGUAAACAAUGCUACCAGUCUGGAUUUCACAGGCUUUUGUACAUGCUACAGUUAAAGACUCAUUUAUUAGCCUGACAGCCAACAUUUUGCAACGCCAGCACUGGUUUCCCCUCGAAAUGACGUCUGGGAAACGAGUGCAGAAACUCCAUACUGAUGUUGCGUGCUUCUGAUUGGUCGUGCCUUAUAGGAAAUUCACUUCAACCAAUCAGAAGCACUGCCCAGAUCCUGGUGGUGAUUUAUCAUCAAUAUGGAAUUUCUAUGCUCUGAUUUCAUUUCACAGGGAAACCAGUGGUGGCAUCAUGAAAUGUCAUCUGUUUUGUCAGGCUAAUCAGUUAUUUAUUUAUUUAUUUUAUUAUUUUUUUGAAAUGUUCAGAUUUUCAUUCCAAAAGGCCUUUAUUGGUGUUGUAAAAGAGACAGAUGAUUUAGCUGGUCAGCAUGAGUUAAUAGUGGAGAGUUUGACUGAAAAAGUAUACAAGGAAUUCCAUUUACUGCACAAUGAGCUAAAGACUGAAAGAAGAAAGGUAGGAUCUAGAGUAAUCUUCCCUGGUGAUGUGGUCAAUAGGUUCCUUAAGAUUUUCAUGAAAGUCCCAUGAGUGACCAGUGUCAGUUAUUUUCCUAAUAGUGUUUAUUCUAGAGCGCGGCCUUGCAAGAUUUCUGCAAUUUGGAAAAAAAUGUGGAAUAAAAUUAAUGUUGCCGCUCCCCAAGGAUAAGGAAUAUUUUUUUUGAAAUAAAGUAUUGAUAAACAUCACUGACAACAGUGACGGCCACUCUAUAAACUUCCUGUGAACUUUUAUUGCCUCUUGCCUUUCUCUUCUUCGUUUGAGUUAUUAUUUUUGUUUUGCUGAUGGGCAUGUACUUUUUGUCAAUAACUCAUCAGGGUGUAUUAUAUGUUCCCAAUAAUAUUAACAUGACAAAUGUCUUCUUUCAUUCCAGCACCUCAGUGAGGGUAAAAAAGUUCAAGAUGCUUUAGAGCAUUCAAUGAAAGCCUUAGAAGUUGUAAGUAGUAUUUUUUGGUAAUUACACUGUAAGUUGAUAUAAUUAUAUCAGCAUUGGUGACAACUGAAAUUUGGGUAUAUAUAUUAUGGGUGAAAAGUUAUACUCACAUUAUAAUGACUUUUGACUUGUUUGUUGUUUCAAGAACUCUCAGCUCAAAAAGUUUGAGGUGGCUUGUAAAAGUUUUUACUUUUUUUGACAGUAAAAACUUUGAAAGAAAAGAACAAUAAAGCAAGCCAAAGCCAUAGCAGCACUCUCAUUCCCUUAAAAUUGUUAUUUCUCCUUAAGUGAUUACCAUAGCAGCAUAUCUAAAGGAUUAUUUAAACCUAUUUUUUGGCAUCCAGCACUGAUAACUAGAAAAUUAAACUGGUGACCCCCUCUUUUUUCAGACAAUAGCUUUUGGCAUUAAAAAAGGAAAAUGCACCGUGAUUUUAAAGAAAUUCGAUGGAGCAGAUUUUUGUAGAAGUGAGAAAUAGAACAUUUUGGAGCACAGUGGAAAUUUCCUUGUAUAAUUUUUUUUGAAUUUUCCCUCUGACAUUUCCUCUCAACUCUUAUGAAAUAUAUUGAAAGCAGUAAAAAAAGAGGGGGGGCUGACUUGUUUUCUUGUAAAAUGCAUCAACCUUCCCAUGUAUGUUUUUGUGCUUGUAAAAUCUGAACUCUUUAAAACUGCCUGCAGUUACUCAUGAGCUGUCUUGACUACUGCUGUCUGUUGUCUGUACACUUGUGGGCAUUUACCAAUUUUGCUUACAGUCCUUAUAAAGGGGAGAAAAUUUCACAUGUCCAAUUUAUAUGUUGCUUUAUGUUCUUUCUGUUUGUUGUUUAUUGUCAUUUCCUUAGAGUAAAAAGGCAUUUAUGAAGGCCAGCGAAGAAGCUGAGGCAGCAUUACAGGCUUUCCAGAAAGCAGAUCAAGACAUGGCCAACUCUAGAUUAGUGAUUGAGAAGGUAAACUAAUUUAUUGUAUGGCUCUUUUAUACCAGUUUGAGUGUCCACUCAUCAUGCAGGUUUGUUUUUUAGAAAAUAUAAUUUUGCUCUGAGAUAUGUAAAAUUUGUCUUCAAAUGGGAGAAAAGUUUGAGACCCACUGAUGCUCAGUUAUACAGGUUGUUGGCCUGAUAUAUAUAGGGGGUUCACAAAAUACAAAGGUGUCACUUAUUAAGUGAACUAAGUAAACCAUUUUAUUGCUUUUAUUCCUCCUGAUGCUUUGAUCUUCGUAAACACCACAGUGUAAUUCCAUCUUCUGCUUGAAUUUUGUUGUUUAGUACAAGACUACGUCAGUGGAGAAAGGCCAGGCUUGUGAAAGAGCUAGAGAAGAAUACAGGAAUCAGUUGGAACUGACCAAUAACAAACAAACUUUACAUUAUACCAAUGAGAUGCCAGCAGUAUUUGAUGUAAGAAUACAACCGUAUAUAUAUUUUUUGAGGAAAUGUUGCAAUGACGACACCAUAAAUCAGUGAAUGCAGUUGAAGCUCUCGUAUGCAACCACCUUGGAUAUAUGAAAAAGUGGUUGUAACUAGAACUUGUCGCUUAAAGAAUGAGCUCUGGUAAGCAACUGCAUGAUAAAACAAUAGCGGGUGGUCGCUUACGAGAGCUUCAGAAAAUCAUUAAUAAUUCAUAAAACAAAAGGAAAAUAAAAUUCAAACCAAGAAUACUGUUGAACCACAGUAUAGACAUGGCUAAACUUAACGCCCAGUUUUUUGAGACCAUUAGCACAGUGUGCAGUUUAAUUGAUGUGUUGAUUUAUAUGAAUAACAUGUCUCUGAGUGCUCACUGAGUGGUCACUUAUGAGAGCUGAAAAACAAAAGAAAAUUCCAGUCAGGUAAUCCCAAAGUGGUCACGGUCGCUACAAGAGCUAGCCUGCGAAAACAUCCGUUUCUCCUCGCUCUUCGCCGCUGGGGACGUUUCGCGCGGAGGAACGUCUGCGACUCAGCGACAGAAAUUCCAUACUGAUGACGCAAAUUAAUGUUUACAUAAUAAAUCCGGUAGUCAUGGGGCUCCAAAUAUAAAUUUGUCUAAUUUUGCGUGUCUUCUGGUCGAUUUUGGUAAAGUGUUGUGUUGAUCUGCCCACGAACUCCAGCAAAAUUCAAAUGCUUCUUCAACAGAAGUCUAUAUUCCACAAAAAUUGACUGUUUUGUUAGAGAUUCUUUCCGUUUACAUUUGACCUUUGUGGCCUUUUGUUUUUUGUCUGUCAUUCAUAAACAAUAGCUAAAAUAAUGAAACUGCUGCGUCGACCAAUCAGCGCUUCUGACCGGAUUCCGGACAGAUUUUACGUCAUCAGUAUGGAAUUUCUGUCGUUGAGUCGCAGACGUUCCUCCGCGCGAAACGUCCCCAGCGACGAAGAGCGAGGAGAAACGGAUGUUUUCGCAGGCUAUACAAGAGCUGUCGCUUACGAGAGCUUUCUGUUACAAAGUCACAGUUCAAACAAUGAUUCACCAAGGUGGUUGUAACUAGAGCUAAUCGCUUAUGAAAGUGGUCGCAAGGAGAGCUUUGACUGUAUUUGGGAAUAAGGCAAGGAGGGCCCAUUGACAUUGUUGCCACAGGAAGGGAAAUGGUCAAGGAAAAUAAAAUUUCUUCAGUGUCAGGGAAAAUUCUGGUAAUUUCACUUGGACUCAGGGAAAAUUUCAGUGCUUGAAAAAGUGAAAUUAUAAGAGUACAUUUGUACAUUUUACGGACAUGAAUUGUGUAGUAUUGUUAGAAUAUAUAUUUUUUUUUGGGGGGGGGGUUCAAAGAAAUCAAUCCUUUUUGCACGUUAUAUUGAGGAACUGUCAAUUAUUCAUGUACAUUGCACAUGACCUUCUGAAAGCAUAAAUAAAAAAAUGGCUAGAGGGGAUGGCUGUGAGGGGAGCGGUGAAUCCAUUAUCUGGACUAAUUUGUGAAAUUGUUAACUCAGUUGGUCAGGGAAAUUUUACAUUUGUCCGGAAAAAGUCAGGGAAAAUUCAGGGAAUUUCUGAAACCUCUGGCUUGAGUUUGUAAAUUGUUUUCAUUCAUUUCAAUGUUGCCGAAGUAGUUAUUGUUUUUCCUUCUUUGUUUGCAGGAACUACAGAAAAUGGAUGAACGCAGGAUACAGAGAACUGGUGAAUUACUGACAGAAUAUGCUAACGUAGAGACAAAAGUAAUCCCUAUAAUACAAAAAUGCCUGGACAAUAUCAAGGAUAAUGGAAAGUCUGUAAAUGGACAAGAGGUAGUACUCCGUACAGUAGAACCUCAAUAACUCAAACUCCCCUCUAACUCAAGCCGAGUCCCAUUUCCCUUAAAUUUCACCCCACCUUUCAGUCAUUUUUACUCAGAUAACUCAAAUCCCUUUCUAACUCAAACUGAAUUUCCUUUUCGUCGAUCAAAAAGUCACUGAAAUUUACCCCCAAAACUUGAAUUCAUGUCCUUUGAACACACUUCAGAAGCAAUAACAUUAGCUCUUUUUGUAUUACCCCCUUUCAGGAAGGAAACUGUGGCCAUCCACACAUAAUCGGAUAUUUUUAAAUCCGCAACUUUUUCUUUCUGGAUCAAAAAAUUUCCAUGUCCAAUCGUGUCCAUUUUCAAAUCAAAUAUUCCUGUCCACACGUAUCUGACACAUAUCCAGAUUCACUCGAGUACCCAGGACUCCCCUGGGAAUGUUGGCAACAGAGCAUGCAUUGUUAAGUGCACAAAAUGUGCAUCUUGCAAUUACCAUCGAUGGGUAAGAGAGAGAUGCUGGGAAUGAGGUUGCCGUCUUGAAGACAGUCUUCACAGUAAUGAACCGGGCUCAAUCUUGUUACGUCACCAGAUAAAAAUAUCCGGAUUUAGCAUCCACAUGAUUCCGGAUUCAUAUCGUAUUAAAAAAUUUCCACUCUGAAGAGCAGAUUCAAAAAGUUGCAGAAUGCAAUUAGAAUGCUGGAUUCACGGGAUAAGUGUUGACAGGAGCCUUACCUGGAAAGAAAAAGUUUUGGAUUCAAAAAUAUCUGGAUAAGCGUGGACACGGCCUGAAGUGUAACCCUGGGUUUGUGGCAAGAUUGGUCAGUUAAAGGGACUAUGACUUGAGGAUAUUGCUGUUUUAGGUCAAUUCUGUGCAAAAGUCAUUACUUUGUGCCUUUACCCAUAUAAAAAAUGCUCCUGUAGAGUUAGGAAGAAGAUAGAGCACAAAGCAUUAUUUUUUUUUAUGAUUUUUGCAGGCAUAACAUUAAAACUUGAAAAUGUUGGCCAAUCUUUUUCAAGUUUCAAUCCAUGUCCAUCCUUAACAGAUGACAGGAAACAGUUUUAAUGCGUAAAUAUAGUUUUAAAUUAAAAAACUGGACCAUUAUUUUGGAAUUUAGUUGUUGCAAAGACAAGUUUAAGCAAAUAGCAUGACAUGGCCCCUUUAAGAUAGACUCAUGCUAACAGAGUAGAAUACUGCGAGGAUCAAUAUUCUCAAAAUUGCUGUGAAGAAUGAUAAACAGACAAGAAGGAGAAAAAGAAAGUAGAGAAAAGACUGAAAAUUUUGGGUGCUAUGUUUGUGAUGUUAAGUAAAACGUUUUCCUUUUUCACAGUUUCACCAGUUUGCAAUUUACUAGUGAAGACAUUGACACUAAUAAGAGGGUUUUUACCUUUAAUAUAGGAUAGUAAGAUACUGAUAGAACAAAACAAAACGGCAUAUGAACCACCGGGCGAUAUCCCAUUUGAGGAAUUCGGAAAGGGACAAACACUUAACAGAGCUCCACAAAGCGUAGAAAAGAAGAAAGUUAAAAAACCUGGAUGGUUCGGUGGCACCAAGAAAAAUAAAAAGGUUUGACUUGCAAAAUGUUUUUUAUACCAGUUAGGUUUGUUGCUAAAUAGUGAGUACAGUUGAACCUCCAUUAAGCGGCCACCCUCCGGGACUGCUGGUAAGUGGCCACUUAACCCUUUAAGUCCCAGUAUCAACAUUCAAAUUCUCCAAACUGGUCUCCAUACAUUUCCUUUAAGAAUUAGUUGAGAGAAUUUAAUAUAAGAUCAAGGCAUUUUCUCUUUGGUAAUCUUUGUUAAUUCUCAUAACCUUAUCUUUUGGCAAUACAUGUAUGGGGAUUGUUAGGAGAAAAUUGUUGUUGGUCACUAUCGGGACUUAAGGGGUUAAUGGAUGUUGGCCACUCAAUAGAGGUUUGUUAUAAAUAAUUAGCAUGAUCUUUAACCAUUAACAGAAACAUUACUCUUUUUAAAACAAACGCAUUACGGGAGGUGCAUUACUGGUCCACAAUUGUUUGCCAUCUUCUAUCUUGGACUGUAUUUUCCUUUAUCAUAGAAUUAAGCCAAACUAAGAAUAUCAAGUGCUUGAUGGCAGCAUAAUAGAAUUCAAUUUGUGUGAAGGGUGAUCAUUUUCUAAUUUUUUUUCUUCAGCAUGGUGAAUUUGAUGAUGGUAAAGAUCAGUUUUCAACACCUGGACAAAAGAUCCGAACAUCUAAAAAGAAAGUAUCACAAUUAGAGGCACAAGUGGCUCAGUUAAAGAACUCCAGGUAAAUAUAGUAUGAUGCUGAUAAUACCUCUUUUGCAACUACCACCUUUUGAUUCACGCUUGUAAUAAAUUACUUAAAUUUUACGAAAAUUCCUUGAAAAGUCUUUUAAUUGUUCUUGAAUGAUUCUUGAACUCUCUUGUCGUUAAAAUAAUUACUUCUUAAAAAAAUCUUUUCACAAAAAACAGUUUGCCAGAGCCAGAGUCAAAACAAAGCUUUAUGGUUUGGAUCUCGGCACUUUUUAUUGUUGAAAGGAAUGUGGAGGAAAUAAUGAGCGUCAGUAAAUCCGACGCUUUUCUUCUCAUAUUUUCUAAAAGACAAACCUGUAUUUAGCGUACACCUGCAUCAAGUUCAUUUCCUUGUUUUUCCUCUCCAUUCCUCACUCUGAGAACCGUACAUGUAACAAGAUAGGAUUUUGUCCACAAAUGUAAAAGUUAGAGUGCGAAAUCAUCUCACCUAGUGAAGAAUAAAAUGGUUAAGCAGGAGUCUAUAGACUUCCUUCCCUUAUUUGGUUGGAAUUUUCAUACUUUGUACUUUUGUGUAGAAUUUUAGAUUUCCCUAAUUUGUUUCGGAUGUUGUUUAUGUUUCCCAAAGUUAUUUCGUUACACCCUUGCCCAUUUCUGAGUCUUCAGGACCCCCCUGCUUCCUCACCGGUUUUCAGGCCACCUGUUUCCUUUUGCCAAGAACUGGCCUGUGGCAGGUCAGUCUGAGCAUCGGAAAGGAAAACUGGAGCCUACUGUACUGAGUAUGGCUCAACUCUUUAUUAUGAUUGUGGUCUAGUUAUACGGGUUCUAUUGCAUUAAUAGCCUUUUACUGUUAUUAUUUUCAUCAAGGGAGGGAAUGGAGAAAAUGGUAGAUGUCUACAGACAGAACCCUUCCUUAGGUGAUCCAAAUACCAUUGAACAACAACUUGCCGAAAAUGCUAAAGAACUGGACGCCUUGAGUGAUGACCUUUACAAAUACCAGGUUAGGUAUAGGACAAUGAGAAUUUUGUUUUAUUUACUUUCCGAGCAGUGGUUACAUAAGCGAAAGUAUGGCGGAAAAUGUUUCACUUGAAUGUUCAUGACGUAACAUUUUGUGGAUUGAGUCAAGCUGGUACAAUGUCAGUAUUAACGGAGUGUUGGGUUGAAAUAAGAGAAAAUUAAAGGGCUUUCUCUCCCCAGGGGCAAAGCAAACUGUCCGUAAUAAUGAGGUGUCCGUAUUAAGCGGGUUGAAUUUAGAGAAAAUGUAAGGGCUUUCUCUCCCCAGGGACAAAGCAAAUUGUCGGUAAUAAUGAGGUGUCCAUAUUAAGCGGGUUGAAUUAAGAGAAAAUGUAAGGGCUUUCUUUCCCCAGGGACAAAGCAAACUGUCCGUAAUAAUGAGGUGUCCGUAUUAAGCGGGUUGAAUUAAGAGAAAAUGUAAGGGCUUUCUUUCCCCAGAGACACAGCAAACUGUCCGUAAUAAUGAAGUGUCCGUAUUAAGCGGGUUGAAUUUAGAGAAACUGUAAGGGCUUUCUCUCCCCAGGGGCAAAGCAAACUGUCCGUAAUAAUGAGGAGUCUUUCCCCAGAGACACAGCAAACUGUCCGUAAUAAUGAAGUGUCCGUAUUAAGCGGGUUGAAUUUAGAGAAAAUGUAAGGGCUUUCUCUCCCCAGGGGCAAAGCAAACUGUCCGUAAUAAUGAAGUGUCCGUAUUAAGCGGGUUGAAUUUAGAGAAAAUGUAAGGGCUUUCUCUCCCCAGGGGCAAAGCAAACUGUCCGUAAUAAUGAAGUGUCCGUAUUAAGCGGGUUGAAUUUAGAGAAAAUGUAAGGGCUUUCUCUCCCCAGGGGCAAAGCAAACUGUCCGUAAUAAUGAAGUGUCCGUAUUAAGCGGGUUGAAUUUAGAGAAAAUGUAAGGGCUUUCUCUCCCCAGGGGCAAAGCAAACUGUCCGUAAUAAUGAAGUGUCCGUAUUAAGCGGGUUGAAUUUAGAGAAAAUGUAAGGGCUUUCUCUCCCCAGGGGCAAAGCAAACUGUCCGUAAUAAUGAGGUGUCCGUAUUAAGCAGGUUGAAUUUAGAGAAAAUGUAAGGGCUUUCUUUCCCCAGAGACACAGCAAACUGUCCGUAAUAAUGAAGUGUCCGUAUUAAGCGGGUUGAAUUUAGAAAAAAUGUAAGGGCUUUCUUUCCCCAGAGACACAGCAAACUGUCCGUAAUAAUGAAGUGUCCGUAUCAAGCGGGUUGAAUUUAGAGAAAAUGUAAGGGCUUUCUCUCCCCAGGGGCAAAGCAAACUGUCCGUAAUAAUGAGGUGUCCGUAUUAAGCGGGUUGAAUUUAGAGAAAAUGUAAGGGCUUUCUCUCCCCAGGGGCAAAGCAAACUGUCCGUGAUAAUGAGGUGUCCUUAAAGCUGGGCUCUGACUGUACAUGUUUGUGUCAAAUAACUGACGUUGGGGAAAAAAGUUGUAAACAAAGUAUCCUCGUCUGUAAAACGUUAUGAUCUCUCGUAGCGGCUCAUGCCUUGAUUUUUAUUUGACGUGUCUGUUUUUAACCCGUUUAUUACUGAUGUUUUAUUCCUAAACAGUGUUAUCUAGCGGCUUUGGAAAACAAAGAGGCACCACCAGCUCCUGAAAAAUAUUCAAAGGCUACUAAAGCCCAACCACCCCCGGGACCAGUCACGAGUAAUACCGACGGAACUGCGCCCCCACCAGCUCCCACCCCUCCCCCUCCCCCUGGCAUGCUGGUACCUCCUGUUGAAGAGCCUGUCGAUGAUGAGUGGGGCGAAGACGAAGAGUAUGAAAACGAAGAGCAAUGUAAAGUACUUUAUGAUUUCCAAGGUAAUGCUUUUGGGGUUAGUUAUAUUUUCCGAAUUCUAAUGCAAAAUGACCAAAACGAGUAAUUCAACGAGUAAUUAAAUAAAAAUUGAGCCUUUAUUUAGUCAAAACCCAUGUUUCUUAUAGCUCAUGCUCUCUCAGUUGUUACAGCUUGUACUAAAUACCUUAUGGCUGCUCUCUAGUUCAUCUUUUAAGGGAGAGUGCAGUUGGUCUGUAAUCAUGCACCCUAGCGAAAUUAAAGUGUUCAUUCAUUCCUUGUAAUAAGAGCACAGAGUGCAGUUGAUAGGAGUACAGACCAUAGAAAAUUGUUAUCGAUCUGUUAAAUUGCCAGGUUCCAAUGACGGCGAACUUACGAUAAAUGAAGGAGAUGUGCUAGUGAUAGUGGAGCAUGACCUCGACGGUAGCGGCUGGACCAAAGUGAUGAAAAACGACGAGGAAGGCUUUGUUCCUUCCAGCUACAUAGAAGUGAUAUAAACACACCUUUAAUUGUAAGAAAUUUUAUGAGAAUACUUCUAAUGGCUAAAUAUGUACUGUCCUCGACUAAGUGUUAGCCGUUGCAGGACAAAUGCGUUGAAAUUGUAAAGAUUAGCCAUACAUAGGCGUAUAGAGGACUUUAGGGUCGGCAAGGGAGUUACUGGUAUACAACAAAAAUAGUUUGUUCCAUUUACAGAAAUAAGCGUCCCAAGUCAAAAUUUCAAAAUAAUAUUUGUAAGAUUUCGGAAAACAAAUCAGUAGUAUCGUAUGAUGGAGAAGUUUCAUAUGAAAAAGUCACAGAGUCAAGAGUUUAAACAACGCAUUUAGAUGCUCUGGCUCUGGUAGUGAGUGGGUGAAAUGAAUGGAAACAUUUCCUCUGUUAUUUUGUGUAUAAGGUGCCGAGUAGUAUGCCUAAAACCCCUUGCUCUCAGUCCUUGGUGCAGUGUUACUCCUGAAAAUAACGCAUCAAACUGCAUUUCAGGUGAUAAAGAACCGAAGUUAUAAUAUCGAAAAGAAAAUUAAAGAUCUGGAAAGUUUUUUUCCAGCAAAAAGUAUGUAAGGAGAUCUCUAAAAUUUACGGUUUGAAUUAGGGCUGUUUUUGCUUCUUCUAUUAAAGGUUCAUCAAACGGAAAUAACUAAAAAAAAAGAAAACAGGCCGAGUUUGUUUGGUUGGCGAAUCGUCGAUAUCUGGUCUUGGUUCCUCAGCCAUUUUGAAACUGACAAAGAUAACGUGAAAGUCAAAACGUAGAGUGCACAGAAGCUGAUCUAGGGGAUUGUCCAUCAGACCAGGAUGCAAUUAGCUACCUCACGUUAUAAAGCUGAAAGUUUUACCACCGAAGUAACGGGUACAAAGGUCAUCUAGUGGGUUUAUAACGAAACUUGCCCUCCACCUCUUAUAAGUCAUCCAUAGUUAGUGUGUUCAACUUCACUAUCCCCCAAUAAUGUUGGCUCUUCCUGGCUCUGUUGACAAAGCAGUAUUGACCCCGCGAAAGCGUGCUUUUGAACGCGUAGGGAAUACUGGGUCGUUACUUUGUUCUUAAAUGUAGCCGUGAGGAUGGGUGAAAAUGAUGAUUUCGGUGGUUAAAUAAGUUUUAAAAAUGAAUAAAUUUAAUUUUUUAUCUAUUUAACCAUUCUUGUAUUCCUUCGCAGCCGAUCGGGCAGGAGUCACGCAAUGCCAUUGCGUCCCGGGAUUGCGUUACUCCUGCCCGAGCGGCUGCGCAGAGUAUCCCUCACUUUCCUUUUAAUUUAUAGCGUGGAUUGCAAAAAAAGGAAGCUAGUACAGCUAUAAAUUUCUUUUUUCUCUUCGUAUGAAUUAUUCCCAUCUGUAUCGAACCUAAACUUUACUUACGUUUCUAACUGUAGCGAGAACAUUCUAUUUCUCCAGGAUUUACACGCGACCAGUGAGGUUGCUAUUGUUAACGUUAUAGGGUUAUGUGAUAUGGUCAACUCAACAUUUUCCUGAUGUGACUAUUGAAGUUUUGUUAAAUUAUCUGCCUAUUAAGCUCCCUCUGUAGGAGUAUCAGCGCUGGAAGUUAUGGUGAAAUACAGCACCAUAAAUAAGAGUGAUUGACAAUUUUAUUAUCAAAGCUUAAAUAUAGAACACAAAAUUUAAUUCUUUAUAGCUUUUGUGUUUUGUUAUUGUUAACUUCAGGUUUCUUAUUUCUUUAUUAAGUGUUUUUUCUCCAAACUAAAAUGCUAUAAUUUUU